UCGGAAAAAAACCCAAGUUCCGCAAUUGGGCCACUUAUAUGUAGUUCACACUCAGCGCCACCCCGAGAGCUUCCGCUUAGUUUUAGGGUUUCAUUCGCCGUAAACCCCAGAAGGCCACUGAAGAUCUCACCAACCCGAAAAUGGCCCCAAAGAGAGGUGUGAAACCUGCAGCACUUGCCAAGAAGAAAACUGAGAAGGUUGUGAACCCACUAUUUGAGAAGCAUACCAAACAGUUUGGUAUUGGUGGGGCUUUGCCUCCUAAGAGAGAUCUGCACCGAUUUGUUAAGUGGCCCAAGGUUGUUCGUAUCCAGAGGAAGAAGAGGAUCCUUAAGCAACGUUUGAAGGUCCCACCAGCACUUAACCAGUUCACCAAGACUCUGGACAAGAACCUCGCUACAAGUCUCUUCAAGUUGCUUCUGAAGUACAGGCCCGAGGACAAAGCUGCAAAGAGGGAACGUCUUCUGAAAAGAGCUCAAGAGGAAUCUGAAGGAAAAACUGUUGAGGCAAAGAAGCCUAUUGUUCUGAAAUAUGGACUUAACCAUGUCACCUACCUGAUCGAGCAGAACAAGGCCCAGCUUGUUGUUAUUGCUCAUGAUGUGGACCCUAUCGAGUUGGUUGUAUGGCUUCCUGCCUUGUGCAGGAAGAUGGAGAUCCCAUACUGCAUUGUGAAGGGGAAAUCCCGUCUUGGAGCGCUUCUCCACAAGAAAACUGCUGCUGCACUUUGUUUGACCACCGUUAAGAAUGAGGAUAAGCUUGAGUUCAGCAAAAUUCUGGAGGCUAUCAAGGCCAACUUCAACGAUAAGUACGAGGAGUUGAGAAAGAAGUGGGGAGGCGGUAUCAUGGGUGCCAAAUCACAGGCCAAGACCAAGGCGAAGGAGAAGCUCUUAGCAAAGGAAGCCGCACAGAGGCUGAACUAAGAGUAUCUUCCAGCGUGGAGGGUGCUCGUCAUUUGGUUGUCUUUUGUUCUUUCGAAACUAGUCUGUUCGCCCCCUAUUAUCACUUACAAAUCAACUUCAACUUUGUAUCACUCUGGUUAGAGUGUGACCUUGUAGUAUCUAUUGUUUGUCUGCCUUUGAAUCCUUGACCAAUGGUUAUUGGACUUAAUACUUUAGCAUA